AUGGAGAUCAAGAACACAGAGGUGCUGAUGGAGUACUUCCACAGGGCUAUCGCUCCCCCUCCCCCUUCUCAAACCUCUCGACUUUACCCUGUCCUUGACAAAUCUGAGGCUUCUUUGAAUCCAAAGACAUCGCCGAAGAAGGUACUGCCACCGGAGGACUCACCUCUGAUUGACCUGCUGACUGACGAGCCUCCUCCUUACCAGCCCCAACCCUUACAGCCCCCCGAACCCGGUCACUCAUCCUCAGAGGGAGAAGAAGAACAGGAGGGCCCCACCGCCAGUGUCUCCCCGGACCCAUCCCCCAUGGUGGGACGACUCCGGGGACGGGGCCCUAAUGGCCAAUAUCAAUAUUGGCCUUUCUCUGCCUCUGAUCUUUAUAACUGGAAAACCCAUAAUCCUUCCUUUACUAAAGAUCCUGUCGCUCUAACCUCCUUGAUUGAAUCUAUUUUAGUAACCCACCAGCCAACGUGGGAUGAUUGCCAGCAGCUCUUACAAAUUCUCCUCACUUCAGAGGAGAAACAGAAAGUUCUCUUGGAAGCUCGUAAGAACGUACCAGGGGACGAUGGGCGCCCCACCCAACUCCCAAAUUUGAUUAAUGAAGCCUUUCCCUUAACUCGGCCGAAUUGGGACUAUGCGACCGAAGCAGGUAGGAACCACCUACGCCUCUAUCGCCAGUUACUCAUGGCGGGUCUCCAGGGAGCAGGGCGACGGCCCACUAAUUUGGCCCAGGUGAGACAGACUACCCAAGGGUCAGAGGAAACUCCAACAGCAUUCUUAGAAAGGCUGAAGGAGGCUUACCGGAGGUUUACUCUUGACCCCGAUAGUGAGGACCAAAAAGGGAAUGUUUCCAUGGCUUUUAUUUGGCAGUCUGCCCCAGAUAUCAGAACUAAAUUGCAAAGGCUAGAUAACCUACAAGAUCUUUCUCUAGCAGAUUUAUUGAAGGAAGCUGAAAAGAUAUUUAACAAAAGAGAGAUGCCGGAAGAACGAGAAGCUAGAAUUAGGAAGAUGCAGGAAGAGCGAGAUCUUAAGCUUUGGGAAGAAUCAGAUAAGAGAGAAAGAGAAAAAGAUCGAAGACGUAACAGGGAACUAAGUAGGAUAUUGGCCACCGUAGUUCAGGCAGGAUAUCAGGGAGACAAGAUAAGCAAGGACAGGGAGCGGAGCAGACCCCGUGUAGACCGAGACCAAUGUGCCUACUGUAAGGAGAAAGGACACUGGGUAAAAGACUGCCCAAAGAGGCCUCCCAACCCCAGAAGAGGCACAAGCCGGACCCCCCAAUUGCUAGCGUUGGAUGAAGAUUAGGGGAGUCAGGGCCAGGAGCCCCCCCCUGAGCCCCGGGUAACUCUACAAGUAGGGGGGCAACCUGUGACCUUCCUGGUGGAUACCGGAGCCCAACACUCGGUGCUAACACAGGCACCAGGACCCAUGAGCCACAAAACGACGUGGGUUCAAGGUGCCACCGGGAGCAAACCAUACCGAUGGACCACCAAAAGAGAAGUACACCUUGCCACAGGUAAGGUCUCCCAUUCGUUCCUGCAUGUGCCCGAUUGCCCGUAUCCACUGCUAGGAAGAGACCUAUUGACCAAAUUGAGGGCCCAAAUCUAUUUCAAAAAUGGGGGUGCCACCAUCACAGGACCAAAUCAGACCCCUUUGCACGUAUUGACUUUUAAAUUGGAAGAUGAAUAUAAACUUUUUGACAAUCCGUCAGUACCUAAGAAAGACAUGGAUUACUGGCUUAGUACCUACCCGGAGGCCUGGGCUGAAACCGGAGGAAUGGGGAUGGCUAAGCGACAAUCUCCAAUAGUCAUCCACCUAAAAGCCACUGCUUCUCCCAUUAAUAUUAAACAAUAUCCUAUGUCCAGAGAAGCCUAUCAAGGCAUCAAGCCACAUAUAAAACGCCUUCUAGACCAAGGCAUCCUAACACCUUGCCGGUCGCCCUGGAGCACCCCCCAACUACCCGUCAAAAAGCCGGGGACUGAUGAUUACCGGCCAGUCCAGGACUUACGGGAAGUUAACAAAAGGGUAGAAGAUAUCCACCCGACGGUGCCAAAUCCUUACAAUCUCCUCAGCACCUUGCCUCCCACCCAUACCUGGUAUACUGUUUUGGACCUGAAAGAUGCCUUUUUCUGCCUAAGACUGUCCCCCCAAAGUCAGGCUCUUUUUGCAUUCGAAUGGAAGGACCCUGAAGAAGGAGUCUCCGGACAACUGACUUGGAUGAGGCUACCCCAAGGGUUCAAAAACAGCCCAACACUCUUCGAUGAGGCCUUGCAUCAAGAUUUGGCUGAUUUCCGUGUAAGGCACCCUUUCUUAAUCAUGCUUCAAUAUGUAGAUGACAUCUUGCUGGCUGCAACCUCCAAGGAAGAUUGCCUAGCAGGUACGGAGAAGCUAUUACAAACUUUGGGACUAUUGGGGUACAGGGCGUCAGCAAAAAAGGCCCAAAUCUGUCAGACAAAAGUCACCUAUCUUGGCUAUGAACUCCAUGACGGUCAGCGCUGGUUAACAGCUGCCAGAAAAGAGACUAUCUCGAGCAUACCACCCCCCCAGAGUCCCAAACAAUUGCGGGAAUUUUUAGGAACCGCCAGGUUCUGUAGACUCUGGAUUCCUGGGUUCGCUGAGGUAGCAGCCCCUCUGUACCUACUGACAAAACAAGGCAACUCCUUUUCCUGGACUAAGGAACAUCAAUUGGCAUUCGAUCACAUUAAAUUAGCCCUUCUGUCAGCCCCCGCCUUAGGCCUACUGGACAUUACCAAGCCCUUUGAUCUAUUCGUAGAUGAAAAGCAGGGCUAUGCAAAGGGAGUUUUAACCCAAAAACUAGGACCUUGGAGGCGACCUAUAGCCUACUUGUCAAAGAAAUUAGAUCCAGUGGCGGCAGGAUGGCCACCAUGCCUCCGGAUGGUAGCGGCUGUGGCUCUCCUGAUUAAGGAUGCCACUAAACUUACCCUGGGACAGCCAUUAACCCUAUUAACCCCUCAUGCCAUUGAGACCAUAAUUCGCCAGCCACCCGACCGCUGGAUGUCAAAUGCCCGACUCACCCAUUACCAGUCCCUAUUGUUGGACACUGACCGAAUUCAGUUCGGCCCCGUGGUGACACUGAACCCGGCAACCCUCCUGCCGCUCCCGGGAGAAGCAGACCCUCACAACUGCCAGCAGAUUCUUGCAGAGACACAGGGGACCCGGCCAGACCUCACGGACCAACCAAUGAAGGAUGCGGAGCUGGUCUGGUAUACAGAUGGGAGCAGCUAUCUACUUAAUGGAGAAAGACGAGCGGGAGCGGCCGUAACCACCGAAUUUAAGGUAGUAUGGGCGAGUGCACUCCCAGGCGGGACGUCAGCUCAGUGGGCGGAACUGAUAGCUCUGACUCAAGCCUUAAAGUUGGCAGAGGGGAAGAAACUAAAUGUGUAUACGGACAGCCGAUAUGCCUUUGCCACUGCCCACAUACAUGGAGAAAUAUACAGGCGCUGGGGAUUACUGACCUCAGAGGGGAAAGAAAUCAAAAAUAAGACUGAGAUAUUAGCUUUGCUCAAAGCUUUAUUCUUGCCUAAAAAGUUAAGUAUUAUGCACUGCCCCGGCCACCAAAAAGGGGAUACCCCAGAAGCCAGAGGGAACAGAUUAGCAGAUGAAACAGCCAAGAAAGCUGCCCUAGGGCCACAACUCCUGAUAAUGACUCUAUUGCCCCAGCGGGCAAUGCCACGACAUGAUGACCAUAAAGAGCGAUGGGUAUAUGAGGAUAAAGAUUUGGAUAUCAUCCAAAAAUUAGGGGCCACUUACGACCCAGCAGGAAGUACUUGGAAAUACCAAGGAAAGACUAUCAUGCCCCUAAAGAAUGCAGAGCAGCUGGUGAGGUCCCUACACAAACUAACACACCUUGGGACUAAAAAGAUGAAAGAACUCUUAGACCGGGGGGAGAGUGCCCUGUACCUCCCGAGCAGAGAUCAUCUCCUUCGCCAGAUAGUAGCAGAUUGUCAAGCAUGUGCCCAGGUAAAUGCAAGUAAGAUCAAAAUUGGAACAGGGGUCCGCGUGAAAGGACAUAAACCUGGAACUCAUUGGGAGAUAGAUUUCACUGAAAUCAAGCCAGGUAUAUAUGGAUAUAAAUAUCUUUUAGUUUUUGUUGACACCUUCUCUGGAUGGGCAGAAGCAUUCCCGACCCGGCAUGAGACCGCAAAGGUGGUUGCAAAGAUUAUUGGAAGAAAUUUUCCCUAG